CCCGGCGCCCGGCUUCUCCGGCCCCGACCUGCGGCUGCGGCUGCGGCCGCCGCCCCGGCAGCACCAUGGCAGAUCAGGCCUUUGUGACACUGACCACAAACGAUGCCUACGCCAAAGGAGCUCUGGUCCUGGGCUCGUCCCUGAAACAGCACAGGACCACCAGGAGGCUGGCCGUGCUCACCACCCCACAGGUCUCGGACUCCAUGAGAAAAGCUUUAGAGACAGUCUUUGAUGAAGUCAUCAUGGUCGACGUCUUGGACAGUGGCGAUUCUGCUCAUCUAACCUUAAUGAAAAGGCCUGAGUUGGGUGUCACGUUAACCAAACUCCACUGCUGGUCACUUACGCAGUAUUCAAAAUGUGUGUUCAUGGAUGCAGAUACUCUGGUCCUAGCAAAUAUUGAUGAUCUUUUCGAGAGAGAAGAAUUGUCUGCGGCCCCAGACCCAGGCUGGCCUGACUGCUUCAAUUCCGGAGUCUUUGUGUAUCAGCCUUCAGUUGAAACAUACAACCAGCUGUUGCACCUCGCUUCUGAGCAAGGCAGCUUUGACGGUGGGGACCAGGGUUUACUGAACACAUUUUUUAGCAGCUGGGCCACGACAGAUAUCAGAAAACACCUGCCAUUUAUUUAUAACCUAAGCAGCAUUUCUAUAUACUCCUACCUCCCAGCGUUUAAAGCAUUUGGUGCAAAUGCGAAAGUUGUGCAUUUCCUGGGACGACUCAAACCAUGGAAUUAUACCUAUGAUCCAAAAACAAAAAGUGUCAAAGGCGAGUCCCAUGAUCCCACCCUGACUCAUCCCGAGUUUCUCAGCCUGUGGUGGGACAUCUUCACCACCAGCAUCUUCCCUCUGCUGCAGCAGUUUGGCCUUGUCAAAGACACGCGCUCGUACGGGAAUGUGGAAAAUGUCUCAGGAGCCAUAUCCCAUCUGUCCCUUGGGGAGAGUCCGGCCGCAGAGCAGCCUUUUGUAUCCUCAGAAGAACGGAAGGAGCGGUGGGAGCAGGGCCAGGCUGAUUACAUGGGAGCAGAUUCCUUUGACAACAUCAAGAGGAAACUUGACACUUACCUCCAGUAGAAACACUGCCGCUUGCCGGUGGACACAUCUACUUCACAGGCACUUGUUUCUGAUACUUAGUAUCUAGAGCUGGGUUAAGAAAGGUCUGUUACAGUUGCUAGAGGCUUUCACUGAAAUUCAUCAGAUGAGGGUUUUUUGCAGGACAACAGGUGAGAACUGGGCAAAAGAUGUGAAGUAGCAAUUCUGUUGUAUGGACAGUGUUCUGCUUUUUAACCCUAGGCUUAUUCAGCUAAUGUUUCAGAAAUUCUCAAUUAUGCUGAUUGCCAACAUACGUGGUAAGAGAAACUUGAUCAUAAGCUAUUAAGACGGUUAUAUCAACUCUUAGAAUGUGCCGAUCCAGGCUCCACGUCAGUCUCCCUUCAGAAUGAGACAUGGUAUCUGUCUCCUGCUUGCUCCUUGUACCCUUCGCUAGACCUGCAUUUUAGAAGUGCCCACAGGCUGCCAGAGUGAAUGUAAUUCUGCUUUCAGGUAAAGACAGCCUAUAAUAACACUGCUGAAUGAUUCAUAGACAUAUCAACAAACGGUGUUAACCCAUUUUAUUUGCUAGUCUUAGCAUCUGAAAAUGUUCACCAGUUUUCUGUGUACAGUAAGGCAGCGUGCUAAAAUGCUUCUUUUCAGUUCUGUAUAUCUGAAAACGGCAGUGUGUUCUCUGAUGGUUACCUGCAGUGGCACCUUGUAUGAAAAAUAAAGACUUAUUGCCAUAUCUUGGUUGUCUAAUUAAAUUAAGGAUUCCCACUCCCCUUUGAAAAGAAUGUGUUAGGGAAUUUUUCAUAAUUUGUAGAAUUUGUCAUUGUUUUUAAAACCAGUGUAAAACUUGACACUGCUUUUAAAAUUGGUGUCUAGAUAUCUAGAGACAUUUAAAUCUAGUGUUCUCCAGUGAUGGUGAUGGAUCUGAGAGAUGGAGGAAAGUAAGAUCAGAUUUAUCUCAUCUGUCACCCACACUGCAUCUCCAUAUUCAGUGGGUAUUCAGAUUUUGGAAUAUUGCAACCUUAAAAUCAUCGUAAGUUCAUUGUCAGUCUCUGAACAUACUCAAUAAUCUUUCAGGACUAUUAGAAUCAGUACUGGACCCCAUGUCUUCUAAUGUUUUUAUCCAUGACUUUAUGAUAGAAGUAUAAAGCAUAUUUAUUAAAUGUACCUAUGAUUCUAGGUUGCAAGGAUGGCAAGCUAGGGAAAGCUAGGAUCCAAAAUGACCUUUUAAAACUAAAGUGAGUAAUCAGAAAUAAUUCUAAUGAAGAAAACAGAUGAGAAGAUCACGACAAGGAGAAACUUUUGAGGUUUAAUUGGGCAGAAGCUGCAAUGGCUCUAUGACCUAACCUUUAAGGUCACCCUCCUUUAUUUCCACAAUAUGCUACUGGUUACACAGGUCAGCCCUGUUCAGUAUGGGUGUGAAUGAAUACACGGGGGGAUGGAAACCUGGAGGUAAGAAUGGCUGGGGGCCACUUUUGAGGCUGGCUGCCACAAGAGCUCAAGAGGAACCUGAGGAUUUACCUAAAAUUGUAAAAUAUUAAAUGACAAAUGAAUUCUGAAGAUAAAAUAAGCUACAGUUAUUUGGACUGGUGGAGAAUGAGCUGCUGUGAUCUUCGAGUACAUGAAGCACAACCAAACAAAGAUUUAAGUGCCUCUCUGUGUCAGGUGCUGUGGUACAAAGACCCAUCAGGAUACUCCCUAGUCCAAGGAUCUCUGCAUUAGGGUAUGAGCUAAACUCCUCCAGUGAGAAUCCAAGGCAUAGAAAAAUUUGUCUAACUGAAAUUAAAUUCAUUACAGUGUAAUUUGCAUGUCAUACAUCCUUUAUUUCUGGAUAAUCUAUCUGUGUAUAAUUUCCAAGUUCAUUUCAACCCUGUGUUACUUUCAGAAUCCUAAUGGUCAUAAAGAUAGCUGGUUUCAAGGAAAUACUUGAGCUUAUUCCAGAAAUAACAUCUACCAAAGCAUUUAUUCAGUCAUCUUAGUUUCAUAUCAAACACAAUUUGAGCUGACAUACACAUUUAAGACAGACAACACUGAAUAAUUCAUUCAACAAGUAUUAAGUAUCUAGCAUAUUACACAUGUGACAGGCAUUAGAAAUACAGGAGUGUACAAGACAGAUAUAGUUUCUUCUAUUCUAGUAGGAAACACAUACCAAAAAAACCCUAACAAAUAGAAUUACAAAUUAUGCUAAAUAAAGUACACUGACAACAUUAGAGAAAGUCCAACCUUAGGAUGGUCAGGAAAGACCUACAAGAUGCUGAUUAAGCCAGAAAGAGAGGCUCUGAGACAGCCAGAAAGGGGUGAGGGGAAGGAAGAAGAUUCCCUUCAGAGGGAACUGUGUGAGCAAAGGCUCUGGAGCAGGCACGAAGGUGGUGCAAGUAAAGGAUUCCAAGACUAGGGUAGAGAGGUAGGCAGUGGCUUCAUAGGCCAGGGUAUGGGCUUUAGGUUUUAUUCUAAGUUCAGUAGUGAUUGAGGUUGAGGUUUUAUUUUAUUUUUAGUUUUGGUGAGGAAGACUAGCCCUGAGCUAACAUCCAAUGCCAAUCCUUCUCUUUUUUGCUGAGGAAGAUCGGCCCUGGGCUGACAUCCAUGCCCAUCUUCCUCUACUUUAUGUGGGACGCCUGCCACAGCGUGCCUUGUUGAGUGCAUAGGUCUGUGCCCGGGAUCCAAACCUGCAAACCCUG